CUUUCACGAAUGCGCGAAUGUGUGUGCGUGUCGGUACGCAAUUACGCGUGCGCGUGUGUAAUUUUUUUUCAGAUAAAGAUCCUUUUAUUAACGUCUUAUCUAUAAAUGUAUAUCGAAUAAUAAUGCUACAUUGAUUGUCCAUCUUCAGAUUUAGAUUGUUCAAGUGGAGAGAAAUGCUGCUCGGCGGUUUUCGGAAGAUUUCGGGCGCCCUCAUCGAUUUGAUUGGUGCUUUUCAUACUGAUUACUUCAAGAUGCUACUACGUCUUCUUCCUCUUUCAGCGCGAAAACGGAGAGUGUAGAAGUUGAGAAUUCCAGACCCUAAUAAUAUCCGCACAGUACAUGCCACGAAGAAACGAUGAAGAAAAGGAGUUAGAGGAAGUCCAUGGUGAUAUCAAGUGACGGUGAAACAAUCAUGAGAUCAAAGCUGUGUACUACGCUAUGUCAAAUAUUUAAUCCUGUAUAAUUCCGAUGCUGCAUAUGACAAUACGACAGAAUCCAAUGGGACCGUACGUGAGGACAGGUACGCGAGAAUAACUGGCGGCAGAAAUUCGAUAACUACGAGUGGAAGAAGAUUCGUCCGACGACGACAGGAGAGCAACGCGACGUGGAACGAAUCGCGGCUUCGUAUAAGAAAGGGGAACAAUGUCGUUGGGAAAGGUGAAAAAGAAAAAGAUGACGCGAAUCGUCGUUGUUGUCAUAUGUCGACGGAGCGAUAUUCCCCGGAGGCGCAAAAUUCUUCGUCAAAAUGUAACCUGCGCAGCAACGGGAGUAAUGCAAAGAUCGACAAAAAGCUUGGUAACGCAUUCGUACCAUGUCGACCAGAACUGGCUAAGCCUGGUUGGACCUCGUAUUCGGAGCUUUAUCGUCGUAGAUUCAGCAUCCAAAGGCGUCCGCGCAUUCGGUCUCCGGAGGAUUCCACCCUGUCGAUUUGCGGUGACAGCCAGCCCAGGGAGCUCAGUCUGGACGAGGGUUGUUCAUCCCUUCCAGGCACCUCAAGGGACGACAGUAGCGAGCUCAGCUUCUAUCGUCGCUUUAUCGAAGGUCACGUUACUUGUACGCAUUCUACACGAUCCUGCGAGAUACCGCAUCGAGGAAUACGUUCCUUUCCAGAAGAGCAAUGCGAACAUAGUGGCUCGGACAAGUCCCAGAAACCGGGAUAUCGUCCGUAUACCAUCGAAGAAUAUAGGAGUCUAUCGAUGCCAAGACCUGAUCGAUCCCUGGGUCCUGAUAAGGAUGAGAUACAAGCAAAGAGAGAAUGGCUGAUGCGCCGGAGAUCGUACGGAGACUCGGUUAGCGCGCGCAAUCGUGAGCAGAUACUGCAACGAACGAGAAGACUCAAGUCGAGACGCGCCAUCGCUCAAAAAUGUUUCUUGCCCCCUUUGAAGGAUCGGGACGUUGCCGCCUCAAAGGAUCGUGAAAACUCAAGCAUCCCUGAGACGGACUGCGCGAUGCAAGAGAGUGUCUUAAAGUGUCCUGUCAGAUAUCCGAAAGGAAAGGAAAUCAUCACAGUCCCGAGUAAAACAUCGCCGUCCCAAGAGGUCGAAAUGCUCGAGAAAACGCCGAAUUUCAGCUCGUCGCUCGCUUCAUAUAACGUUCUCGAAGACUCAUAUUUGGAAACUUUGCAACAGCGUCACUUGCAGGAGAAAAAAUUGGCGGAUCGUCUUAUGCGUCAAGCCUUAAACUCUUGAUCACCACUAAUUCAGAGAACGAUGAUCGUGCGGAAAAUAAGCGCUUGCCAAAAGCAGCGAAUCGCACACGGGAUAGUUGGAGCCGACGAGUACUAAGAGAAUAUUUUUAUCGGCUAUGAUCCACAUGGCGUUUUACGCAGCCGAGUUAAAGAUCCGGAAAAUCAGCGACUAUAAAGUGUUCGCUCCCAUCAUGUUGCUCUUCUGAAUAUGUAAAUACGCUACUGUUGUUCUAGGGGAAGAUGAUUCCGCUGGCACGGUCACGGUUAAAUCUGUUAUUACGCUUCUAUAAUCAAGAGCGCUGUUUCUGAACAAUAUAUUUAUCGCCCGCGGCUGAAAUUACUUUCGCAGGUUUCGCAUAGCCCAACAUGCGUUACUCGCUUCUCGAUUUAUCGAGUCUGAAAUUUUUUAAUAUUUGUUUUUCAUUUCACGACACAUUGGUUCUUGUUCAU